AUGUCUGAUUUUUACCAAGAUGAUCUGCGUUAUGGUAAAAAAUGUUUAAAACUUUGCAUUAAUCUUUCUAAUUUUCAACAAGAUACUAUUACUGAGCCAGAAAAUAACAACAUGUCUAUUAGUUAUGGAAGCCCUUUUCAAACUUCCAACAGCAUGUAUGAUUUUCAAAACUAUAAUCAAGGUUAUUUAGGUUAUGCCGCUACUGCCGAACCUUACAAUAGUGGAAGUUCCCAAUCUGGCGAAAGUUAUGAAGAAGCUAAAUUAGCAAAGAAAAAUAAAGGCCCUCGCUGUAAAUGGGAAGUUGAUCCAACUCUAUGGUUGCUUUGUUAUUUGAUAGCAAAUAAGGAAUCGGUUCUAGAACUAAAAAAACGUGGUUCUACAGCAGGAAAAGUUAGAAAGCUGCUCUGGAAAGGUGCCUCCUUUAUGCUAUACAACAUUUAUUCAGAAGAACAGUGCGCAAAUAGAUGGAAAAAUAUCAAACAGAAUAAUAAA